AUGGUUUUCGGCCACGGUGUGGCCAGAGCGCUCGUGGAUGUCCAUGCCCACGGCCUCGUCCACGGGUAUCUCUCGAGCCACAAUGUCUUCUUCAGCCCGGCCUCGAAGGUCCAGGUCGGUGUGCCCGGGACGUCGGCGACCGACGAUGCGCUGCUCGAGUGGACGGCCCCCGAAGUGCUCGCAGGCGACGCGCCGCCGUCGUUCGCGUCGGACAUUUACGCGUUUGGCAUUCUUAUGACCGAGUUUGAUACGUUCAAGCAGCCGUAUGAAGACGACGCGUUCGACGACGAAGUCGCGCUGACGAUUGCGGUCGUUGAUGGCGGCUACCGCCCAGCGCUGCGCGACAACUGCGAGGGGUGGCUUCAAGACCUUGUCGACCGUUGCGUGGACGCUGACCCGAAUUUGCGCCCGACGGCGGUCGAGCUCGCCGCAAGCGGGACACGGCCAAGAAGUCGUGGCACAGGUCGACGGGCGACGGCGAGGUCGCAGAGCGCCUCGUUCCACAUCCGACCAGACUGCAGCAUUUGCAUCUUCGGUCGCCGUUGCAAACUCGGCAUCUAA